UCUCUUCAUGUGAAAAUAAGUGUGGGGCUUUACCGAGGACACUAAACAGAGACCAGGAUUGGCAAAACAUGACAAGCAAUGACAUCUUUCUGGUUCUAACACUUACACACCUUUGCCACAGUUUCCGUAGCAACCUGCUCUGUAAGAUCCUGUGUGACAUGCAAGGGUGGGUGUUCUUCAGCAGAGACCUCUUAUUCUCUACUCGUUUUACAGGAAGAUCACGUCUGCACCUUGGAGAGCCACACAUCCAACAGCACGGGAAACGCACAAACGUUUUGCAGAAACGUUUCACUCAUGAUGCCUGGAAAGUUUUGACACGAUCGAGGCAGCCUCCCUUACCCUUUCACCAACAGAAGAGUUUAUGUGUUCUGCAGUGUGAGAACAACACAACAGCAGAGGUGUAAGUAACACAGGUCUUAUAAACAAAGUUCUGUGAAAGAUGUCUUGUGGGGUUGCAGUGGACUAUUCAUAUUAUAGAAUUAUCACUGUAGGAUUAGUGAAAGAAGCCAGACGUGUCUGUAUUUUAGCCAAAACAGCAUUACAAUGGUAUAAAUUAUCGAAUGUCGUAUUUAACUCAGUUGAGCUUACCUGUUCAUAAAAUGUUCCCUGUAAUUGUAUAGCAAUAUCAAAUACCUCUGGAGAUUCCAGAAGACCACAGUUGAGAUAAAUUAAGGUAAUGUAAGGUGGUUAGUAUUGUAUUUUCACAAUAAUUGUGUUAUUUUUUGUUUGUGCAAUGUCUGUAAUGGUCAAAUAGCUGAAACAGACGAAGGUUGCAACUAUAAUUAUUUUAAAAGUAAAUGGUGGUGAGUGUCCCAAGUACCAAGGAUUUAAAAAAAACAAUAAUAAAAAACAUGAAAUUUCAUAAUCUAGGUCUUUAUAUACAAUUUCUUAACUGGAGAUCAUUCUCACUACAUAAAACUAGGUGGUGUAAAUCUGAAUCUGUCUGUGACUGUCUCAUUCACACUCUUUCUGUUGAAAAAUCAUAUUUGGGCAAAGUUCCUCUCAAGAGGAGGCAGUGCUGUGUAACUGUCGAUGAUCCACAGUUGAUGGCGUUCCUAAUGCUUGAACUUUCCAUAGGUUUCCUGUAUUUCAAAAUGUAAAACAUAUCUUGAGAGAGGUGGGCGGGAAACUAAAAAUGGAAAAUGAAAUUGCAGCAAGAAAACUGCCAAUUGCCAGCUGCCAGUGAUUUGGGGAGAGAUCACUAGGGGAUUAAAGUCAAAGCCAGAGAUUCACUUCUAGAACCGAGUGAGUCAGGAAACCUCUGAAGAAGAUAACAUUUCAAAACCUGUUCACAUAGCAGAAACAACCUGCCAGGAUACAAACUCUGACUCACACAUGAAGUAACGUGUCAUUUUGGGCGGUGCUACAUGGAUGAGGAGGACCGAAUCCAUACCCGAAGAGCACAUGAACAGAAAUGGGACACAAGGCUGCUGCAGCGACAACACCUCUGACAGCUUUACAUCUCUUUCUUUUAUUUUGUACAACACCCAGGCACAUGGAGACGUUCUGCUAGGCUAAAACACCGAGUCUGUGGUAUUCAGGACAUGGUCUACGAGCACACUUUGGCUGUUGUGGUUGUUGCUGUUUUGCUCCAGGAGUGGCUUUGUGAAUUCAGAGGCGUGUGUUCCAGCUCUGUAUUGUACGCAUAUAAAGCUUUAGAUGGGGAACGCUUCGUGAUGCAGUGUGCCUCUCCACACCAACCCUAUCUCUUUAACAAAUCUGGGGUCCUGGAGCGACGCACAGAAUGGUUCAGGCAUGAGGGAGAGAAUAAGAAAGAGCUUCCUGGGGUGGAUGACAGCAUUGUGAAAGUGGGGAAUUCCCUGUGGUUCUCUAGGAUUACUGAAAGGCACUCUGGGAACUAUUCCUGUUAUACCAGGAACGUCACAGGAACGUCGGCUGUUGGUUGGGGCAGAGAGGGUGUGCUGCACUUCCUGGUUGAUGUGCUACAGAGGAAUAAGACUGCUUGCCAUGACUAUGGAGAGAGCGAGGUGACCCUGAUUUUGGGACAAGGAGGCAGCAUCGUCUGCCCAGAUGUGAAGUGCUAUACUUCAGCUCCAAAAGGAGCCAUCAGGUGGUACAAGAAUGCAGUCCCUGCUGAGAAACUGAGCCCUAGCCAUGUAGAGCUGCAGGACAGCCAGCUCUAUCUGAUAACUGUCUAUGAAGAGGAUAACGCUAACUUCACCUGCGACCUCAGCUAUGUGGAUGGGCUACACUGGACCGUCAGGAGGACUGUGAGAGCCAGAGCAAUACCACAGGACAUCGAGGACCUGCCCCACAUCCUGUAUCCCCAUGGUAACGAGACAGAGGAAGCAGAGCUGGGAAAGCCACACAUACUCACCUGUAAGGUGCAGUUCGGCUUUGAGAGGAACUCCAGAGCACUGAUCACAUGGUGGGUCAGAUACCAUGACAACGGCAGCAUGGAACCUUUGGAGAUGGGCUCUCCUGAGAAGGUGGGUCCAGGAAGCUUCUGGGAGCAAAUACUCAAUCGUAGUGCGCACCUGCAGCAGGUGACCCACAGGCACCUGGGAGCCACUUUCAUCUGCCGGGCACGGAACUCCAGAGGCAAUGCCACCGCUACCAUAAGACUACAGAGAAGAGCUGAAGUGGCUGGACUCUUACUGGUUAUUCUGUGGCCUGCUGUCACUGUGGUGUUUGUGACAGGAAUCAGCGUUUUAGUGCGGACUUACUGGCUGGAGAUUUACCUUCUGUGCAGAACCUACCUCCCACUAGAAGAAACAGUUUCAGUAGGAAAGGAGUAUGAUGCCUUUGUGUCAUGUGUGAGCGGCUCUUCCUCAGAUGAGGAAGACAGCAAACUGACAGGGGAGACCCUGGGGCUGCAUCACCUCCCCAAUGUGCUGGAGAAACAGUACGGAUACAGGCUGUGUCUGCUGCAGAGAGACCUGGUACCUGGAGGAGUGUACACAGAGGAUGUGGUGUGGUCCAUGCAGAGGAGCAGGAGGGUGAUCUGUGUGUUGAGCUCCUGCUACCUGCGUAGCAGCUGCCUGUUUGAGCUGGAGACCAGCCUGGAGGCCCUUCAGCAUGACAGGGGGCUCCGCCUCAUCCUGGUGUGGAGCAGCCCGGCCCCGCCCUGCCUCGCAGCUCUGCCCCUCCCUCCCACGGUGAGGCGGGCCCUUAGAGUCUUACCUGCGCUCCACUGGAGCCCUUCCCAUGUCAAUCCCUCCCAUUCCCCUUUCUGGAAGACCCUAAAGCGGGCCAUGCCGAUCAGUCCCCUCCCACCACCAUCAAUCUCUGCACUAAGCCCCGCACUGAGGGAGGGGCUCACUGGGGAGAGCCCUGAGACAUAACUAUAUACUUCCAACCAUCUACACACACUCUCUUUCACUGUGUGUGCGUGCGUGUGUGUGUACAUGCGUGUGCAUGCGUCUACAUGUGUGCAAGUGUGUGUGUGUGUGUAAUGGGGUUUUCGAAGGAAAUACAUAGUUCAAAUUUCAAACCCCCACCUGCACUUGAA